AUGGCUUCUCAAAGCAACGCCGACAGGCUCCAGCAGCUUGAUCAGAAGAUGACCGCCCUGAUUGAUGCCUUCGAGUCACUCCCUCAGGUGCAACCACCAAACCCACAUCCUACAGCGUUCUUCCUCCUCGACUUCAUCCGCAACUCGCACAAGAUGCUGAAGAAUGUCAACGCUGAGCAGUACGCCUCCGGUGAUUCUGCAGCCAACGAGACCGUUAAAGAGGUUAUUGGUCGUAACCAGUUCGCCAAUCUACUCCUCAACGACUCAUCCGGCAAGUUGUCGCUUAUGACUGGUGGUGACCCAUCGAACCCCAUCGACUUUGGACCGGAUAUCAAAGCCAAGGCGCGAUCUCUGACAGAGUAA